AUAUUUUGAAUACUUAGGCUACCACAUCUAAAGAAUUUGAAGUAGACUGCAUGUAUAUUUGAGACAGCAUUGUGCUUUGGGAGAGUUUAGUAUUGCUAUUUUCAAGAGAAUCUGAGAGUGGGGAAUGAACUGAGGAAGAAGAAAUGGGGAUUAUAAGACAGCUACAAGGAUAGGAGAUUGUGAAAAGGGUGGAGGGAAAUGUGGCGAAGGAAGUGUUUGGAGUUAGGGUUAGUUCCCCUGAAAUGACUUUACAUGUCCCAAGAACAGCUGGAACAUGUAUGAAUAAAUUUAGCUUUUAUUUUCUCCCCCCAAGAUCUUCUGUUCUGUUUUCCUAUACUUUGUGACCAUUCUUUCACCCAUUUGGAUUUUCUACCCCAGUCACAUUUGAUUAAAAUCACAGGAGGGGAUUUGUGAUUGUGAAUGGACAGCAACUUUAAUACUACAGGCAACUUAUUUGUGUUUCAAAUCUGUCACUGUGUCAGAAGCUCAGUAAGAGUAAGUCAGGAAUCUUAAGUUGGAAAUCAACUAUCUCUUAAUCACUUUCCAAUGAAAAUUGUGGAUUUAAAAUCCAGAUGUGGGUUUGAUUUAAGUCUGCGUGAGAUGGGUGCCUGUGUUGACAAGAAGGCAUAUCUAGGCUAAUGAUUUUAUAAAAGUGUUCCGGAAGGAAAUAAGAGCAAAAAGUCUGGAAUGACUGGUUGGCAGACUAUUAGGACAGGAAGAUUGGCUUUAAAGAUUGUGUAAGUAGAUUCUGAAAGCUUACAUAAGUCUUAAGUUGUCUAGUUUAAAUAAAUUCGGUGAAUGAAUACUGUUGCCUCUUUUGAAUGGUAAGGGUCUUUGCAGUUAUUUCCUAUGCUUUAUGUUUGUUGUGCCAUUUUUAUUCUUUAGAUAAGCUUCAUUGCCAAAUUAAUAUUUUAGGUUCUUACGUAAGAAUCAUCUUUUUUUGGUUAUGAGAUUGCUAUGGGUUUUUGAGAACCAAGGUGGGAGGCUCUUGGGUGGUAAACUGACAAAUUUAAGAUAUAUACUUUUCCUUCUAAUUAAAAUGCCUCUUUCAUAGUUUUUAUACUCCACUGAGAAGUCAAGUGGAUAUCUCUGUGGCAAAUUUAGGUGUUAGAACCAUGCAAAUAUAGCAUUGAAGAAAGAUUUUUUCUUUUUUUAAAAAAUAUAUUUGAAAUGUAUUUAUUUUUAAUUUUGUUUAAAAAUCUUACUGAACACUUGACUGAAAGUCAGGGAAAUGUCUGUCAGUCCAACUGUGUUCCUAACUGGCUUCAUAACUUUGGAAUCAAGGUUACUGAUUUUCCAUGAUGUUUGGUGGUUAUGAGACUGUAGAAGCAUAUGAAGAUGACCUUUAUCGUGAAGAGUCAUCUAGUGAACUGAGUGUUGAUAGCGAGGUGGAAUUUCAACUCUACAGCCAAAUUCAUUAUGCCCAAGAUCUUGGUAAUAUCACCAUGGAGGAAGAAUAUGAAGAAAAGAACUCUGGGAAUUCCAGAGCACUAAGUAGUAAACCAAAUCAGAAGAACCUAAUUGUCCUUUCAGAUAGUGAGGUCAUCCAACUAUCUGAUGAGUCAGAGGUCAUCACUUUGUCUGAUGAAGAUAGUAUUUAUAGAUGUAAAAGAAAGAAUAUUAGAGUCCAAGCACAAGAAAAGACCCGAGGUCCUCCUGCUUCUCUCCAUUCUGAGUUGUCUGAUAAGAAAUGUAAGAGGGGUAUUGAGAAACCUAAACCUGAAGAGAAAUCGGGUGUGCUCCGAGAGGUCAUGAUUAUAGAGGUCAGCUCAAGUGAAGAGGAAGAGAGCACCAUUUCAGAAAGUGAUAAUGUGGAAAGCUGGAUGCUUCUGGGAUGUGAAGUAGAUGAUAAAGAUGAUGAUAUCCUUCUCAACCUUGUGGGAUGUGAAAACUCUGUUAAUGAAGGAGAAGAUGGUGUAAACUGGUUCAUCAGUGACAAAGAUAUUGAGGCCCAGAUAGGUAGUAAUAAAUCAUUUGGAAGAUGGACCCACCGAUACUAUUCAGCCAACAAAAACAUUACCUGUAGAAAUUGUGAUAAAUGUGGCCAUUUGUCAAAAAACUGCCCCUUUCCACAAAAAGUCCGCCCCUGCUGCCUCUGCUCCGAGAGAGGACACCUCCAGUAUGCCUGUCCAUCCCGCUUUUGCUUAGACUGUUCUUUGCCUAUGUCUUCUACUCACAGAUGUCUUCAGAUACCUUCUUGGAGAAAACGAUGUGACCGAUGUGAUAUGAUAGGCCACUAUGCUGAUGCUUGCCCAGAAAUCUGGAGGCAGUAUCACCUAACGACCAAACCUGGACCACCCAAAAAGCCGAAGACAACUUCUGGACAAUCAGCCUUAGUCUAUUGCUACAACUGUGCACAAAAAGGCCAUUAUGGACAUGAAUGUACAGAAAGACGAAUGUUUAACCAGACAUUUCCAACAUCUCCAUUCAUCUACUACUAUGAUGACAAAUAUGAAAUUCGGGAGAGAGAACGGAGAAUAAAACGAAAAAUAAAAGAACUCCAGAAAAAUGGGGAUUUUCCAAGGCAGUUCAAGAGACCUCAUAUGGAAGCAGUGGAUAAGAGACCCCACCAUGAUAUGAAAAGGAGCCAUGCCUUGUGGGGAAACAACAGGCGGCCUCCAGAAAAGAAAGAAACCCAAAAAGAAGCAACGAACAGGAACAGCAGAGCUUGUGAGAAGCACAGGAAGGCUGAUAGGUAUCGUGAGGUGGAUGAGGACUUCCCUCGAGGCCCCAAAGUCCACUCUUCUGGCAGUAAAGCCCAGAAGCCUCACAAGUCCUCCCACCACUGGUCACACCACCACCAGCCAAGAGAAGAAACAUUUCCCAACGAGAGCAAGCGGGUCAAACAGAAGAAAAAGGAGAGGCGCUUGGAAGAUGAUAGCAAUGAUAAUUUAUUUUUUAUUAAGCAGAGGAAAAGAAAAUCUAAGCCAUGAAAUAGCUUCUGAUUUGGCUUUCCAGUGUUCCUUUAGUCUUCUUAUCUAUAAUAUCCUGGCAAUGUUUUUAAAUCAUCUAUAAUUAAAUAAAGUGAGUUUUUUUCUUUUGUUUUUAUUUUUGAAGCCUCAGCUGUACUUGGAGUUGCUGAACAAAGAACAUGGGGAUCUCAGUUCUCUGUGUCCAGCAGGUUAUUAGCUAAGAAAACAGAAAGAUAAACUCGGAUUUCCCCUAUUCUAGUGUGUCAUUUUUACUCAAAGUCCUAGGGAUAGAAAGGAUUAAUCUUUUCAAGAAAACUCUUUUAAAGUACUGUGAAACAAAAGCUAAUCAAAUGCAAUUUCUCUGUAAUGCCAAUGUGAAGAUUAAACUCUUGCAGGAAGAGAACUUAAUACUAAAAUGAAAAAUUCAUCAACCUUUUCAAGAAGUAUUACUUUUUAUUUUUUAUUUUAAAAUCAAAAGGAUGGCAACUGUAAGUCUAAGUCUGGCUUUUCUUGUUUCCGAAGUUGUUGUCAAAAUCUUCCAGAACAUCAAAGGCUGAGUGUGGGGUGAAGGUGGUGUCACUGAAGGCGGGAGGCGGCAAGGUCGAGCAACAGUAAAAUACGAGUAAGGAGUCCAGCCGAUAGAAAUGUUACAAGACAAAGUCACUGAAACAAGUGUAAAAGAGUUGUCAAAAUUUUAAUGUCAUCCCAGUGAAAUCAUUUUUUAACAUUUUACAGCCACACUUCAAGAAGACUGUUAUUCAGAUAUAUAGAAAUGAAUAUUUCCCACCUUAAAAAGAUUUUUUUUUUGUUUUCAUGGGUUUUUUAAUUCCCACAAAGCUAUACAGAAAUUUUUGCACUUAGAAAUCUUUUGUAUUUUAUCACAGUCUAAUGUUAAAAUAA